AUGACGUAUGAUGAGACAGCUUCUACGUCAAACAAGAGAGCUAGAUUGAACGACACCGAUCAUGGACCUAUGCUUUUCUCAGCGCGUGUCCUGAGAACGCUGUCGCAUGAUGCGUAUACUGUCGGCUGGGUCGCGGCUCUCCCAAUUGAGAUGGCCGCUGCGCAAGCUAUGCUUGACGAUAUUCAUCAGCCUCUACCGAUGAACCCGAAUGACAGCAACGUUUAUGCCUUUGGGAACAUUGGAAAUCAUAACAUUGUUAUUGCAUGCUUACCAUCAGGGCAAUACGGUAUCACCAGUGCAGCAUUGGUGGCUAACAACAUGCGUUGGAGCUUUCCCUCUAUCAAGAUUCGACUCAUGGUCGGCAUCGGUGGCGGUGUACCUGACAAAGUUGACAUCCGACUCGGCGAUGUGGUGGUAAGCAAUCCAACUGCGGCAUCUCCUGGAGUCAUUCAGUACGACUUUGGGAAAACUGUUCAGGCAGGUCGUUUCCAACUCUCAGGGGCACUAAACAAGCCUCCACAAGACCUUCUUGCCGCAGUCGCCAAGCUGCGAGCCGACCAUCAACUGCGUCCUAGUCGAAUAUCAGACUAUCUCGCAGGGAUGAGAGAGCGGAACCCAUCGAUGGACGCGUACACAUAUCGCGGAGCUGGACAAGAUCGACUGUAUGAAGCCACUUACGAGCAUGUUGGGGACAGCUGUGACGACUGCGAUUUGUCGCAGCUAGUGAGAAGACGCCCGAGAUCAAAUAACUCCCCAUGGAUUCACUACGGCAUCGUUGCAUCCGCGAAUCAGGUUAUGAAACAUGGGCAGACGCGGCAUCAUCUUGCGCAUGAGCUCGAUGUUCUCUGUUUCGAAAUGGAGGCCGCCGGCCUGAUGGACAGCUUUCCGUGUCUGGUCGUCAGGGGAAUCUGCGAUUACUCAGACUCACACAAGGCUAAGCAAUGGCAAGAGUACGCCGCGGCGACUGCAGCAGCCUACACGAAGGAGCUCCUUUCUGUCAUUUUGCCGGGACAAGUCCACCAAAAUCCAAUAACUGACGUCGAUAUGCAACCCUCCCGCGAGCUUGUGUCGUCAGAUCAUCGAACUCGUUUACUUGACUCCCUAACAUUUGAGGAAAUUGAUAGCCGGCAUUCAACCAUCAAGACCGCACACAGCAAAACAUGUCAAUGGCUACUGAACCAUCCGGACUACAUUCGUUGGUUGAGCGCCAACGAGUUCAACGAUCACCAUGGCAUUCUCUGGAUUCGAGGAAAACCCGGCGCAGGCAAAUCGACCAUUAUGAAAUACGCCCUUUCUCGGGCCGGGAGAAAGACAGCAAACAAUGCAGCAGUCAUAUCCUUCUUCUUCAACGCCAGGGGAGGUCCCCUUGAAAAGUCGACCGAAGGAAUGCACAGGUCUCUUUUACUUCAGCUGCUCGGAAAGAUACCUGAGCUACAGGAGGUACUAGAUAUUGCAAACCUCAGAGUUUCAUGUCUUAGCAGCUCGCGCACUUGGAAACUUUCUGAACUCAGAGACCUUUUUUCGAGGGCAGUUGCGAAACUUGGCCGAAGACAAGUAACCUGCUUCAUUGAUGCUCUCGACGAGUGCGAUGAGAUUGAAAUCAGGCAGAUGCUGGACUUUUUUGAAGAUUUGGGACAGAACGCAAUUCAAAACAACACCAGAUUCUGUGUCUGCUUCUCCAGUCGGCAUUACCCCUACAUAGACGUCCAGUACGGUAUACGGUUAACUUUAGAGGAUCAACAAGGACACGAAGCUGAUCUCGAAAGAUACAUACGAAGCAAAUUGAAAACUGUCGCACGGAAGCAGGCUGAUGAGCUUACUCAGGAGAUUCUUCGGAAAGCUUCUGGGGUUUUCAUGUGGGUUGUUCUCGUUAUUGACAUCCUCAAUAGAGAGUUUCAACGAGGUCGUAUGUUUGCAGUAAAGAGCAGAUUGCAGGAAAUACCCCCAAGGUUAAGCGAUCUGUUCAGGGAUAUCCUGACUAGGGAUAACGAAAACAUGGAUGAUUUACUACUCUCUAUUCAAUGGAUACUCUUUUCCAAGAGGCCCCUACGACUCGAGGAGUACUACUUCGCGUUAGUGGCUGGCUUAGAGCCGGACAGUCUCACUGAAUGGGACCCUGACCAGAUCACGAAACAAUCCAUGAACCAUUUUAUGGUCAGUUCCUCCAAGGGGUUGGCCGAAAUGACGAAAUCCAGCAAUGCAACUGUUCAAUUCAUCCACGAAUCGGUACGAGAUUUCCUUCUCAAAGACGACGGGCUUGCUUCACUUUGGCCUGAGCUCGGAGACAACCCCAAGGGAAGAAGCCAUGAUUGUCUCAAAACUUAUUGCCAUCGCUACACAAAGAUCGACAUUUCUGCAUACGUGCAACCCGAACAAGAUUUCCUCCAAGAAGAUAAGAAGUCCGCAAAGACUCUCAGGACAAAAGUGACUGGGAAAUUACCCUUCCUGGACUAUGCUACGAAAGAGCUUCUCUAUCAUUCCAACACUGCCGAAAGUCUAGGAAUUUCACAGCAGCCAUUCUUUCAAGAAUUUUCAGCUUCUCUGGAUCAUUGGAUCAAGCUCCAUAAUCUACUUGAGCAAUUCAAGGUCCGCCGCUACGCCCCCAGAACAGAUAUUCUGUACAUUUUUGCAGAUCUCGGAUUUGCAUCCCUCGUCGAUAGCAGGCUUCGGGAUAACAAUCAGCGUUCAACCCACCGCUGGCCUAAUCAACGGUUUAGGACCCCUUUUCAUGCCGCUGUAAAUGGGGGCCACAUAAACAUAGUCAAAGGUUUCCUGAGUAACAUGGGAGCGGAAGAAUUAAAUGACCCCGUGCGGAAGAAUGAAACUCCUUUAUUCACAGCUGUGGAAAGGAGACAUGCUGGCAUCGUGGAAUUGCUGCUAGAAGCUGGAGCAGACCCGAAUUUUCAAGGAUCUAAACCGGGCGUUGAUCUUCUUUCUCAAGCGAUUGAGACUAAGCGCCAGGAUAUUGCCGAGCUUCUUCUUUCCAGAAAUUUCUCGAUCAGAAACUCUCGGGAACUGGAUUCGCCAGCAUACCCUCUUGUAGCUGAGAAAGGACGAUGCCGGCGUAGAUCUCGCUUGGAGAUAGAUCUAGCCAGGUGUAGCGAUGACGUGCUGUAUGAAGCUGCUCGGAAUGGCCAAUCAACAACUGUCAGGCUACUCCUCGAAAAGGGAGCUCAGGUCAACUUCAUCCCUAAAGAACGCAGUUCACCGUUGCAUGCAGCCGUGACUAGUUCUGAUGAAUUUUGCGCAAGGCUUCUUAUCGAGAACGGCGCUGACGUCAACCUGAUCCCUCCGAGAUUCAGCUCGCCGUUAUAUACAGCUGUGGGCUCCAGCAAAUCCUGUGUGGAGCUUCUUAUUGAGCACGGUGCCGAUGUCAACCUUGUCUCUCCGGGAUUUGGUUCACCGUUGCUUGCAGCUGUGAGGGCGUCCGACGAAUCCUGUUUGAAGCUUCUUAUUGAGAACGGUGCUGACGUCAAUAUUACUUCUAAAGGAUUUGGCUCACCUCUGCAUGAAGCUGUGAAGUCCGACGAAUACUGGGUAAAGCUUCUUAUUGAGAGCGGUGCCGACGUCAACCUGGUCGCCAAAGGAUUAGGCUCGCCGUUAUGCCUAGCUAUAAAGAAGUCUCAAACUUCCUGCGCAAGGCUACUGUUAGAUAACGGUGCCGACGUUAACGUGGGCUCUUCGACCUUCCAGACACCUUUAUAUUGGGCUGUCAACACCGACAAGAGGUCUAUGGUGAAACUUGUACUUGAGAACGGUGCCAAUCCAGAUCUUCCCGGAGACGAGUAUAGGGGAAGAACCCCACUUCAUCUCGCCAUCUCUUUAGCAAACAUACCCAUUGUGUUACUACUUCUCGAGGGGGGCGCAGACAUUGAGCCAUCUGGGUGCGAUGUCAGCCCUCUUCAACUUGCGUUGCGGCUUGGCACUGAAGAGAUUUCUGCAAUACUUAUCGAGAAAGGAGCGAACAUCAAUUCGACAGACGAUAGAGGUCUUACAGCUCUCCAUAUUGCGGCACAGAAGGGUUCCUUGAAGGCGGUGAAAAAGUUUGUUCAAUUGGGGGCAGACAUCCACUGCACCGAUCAUAAGGGAAGAACACCACUUUUACUCGCUUGCGAAAGCCAUAACUAUGCAGUCUCUGCAUUACUAUUCAAUCGAGGCGCACGUCUGCGAGAAGCUGGCUCAAGCAACAAUACGCUGUCCUACGCAGAAGACCUGCAUAAUCAUGUAGAGCAAUUUCUUCAACUCAGGGCUGACCACAUUAACGGGAGGAACGAACUUGGCCAAACACCUCUAUUCGAGGCAUGUCGCCUUGGUGCUGUUGACAUCGUCAAGCUACUGCUUGAAAGGGGCGCUGAUGCAAAAGUCCUCGACAAUGAGGACCAGACUGCCCUGUUUGCCAUCCAGCGCAGCCACGUACACAGCGGCCGCCUGGUGAGACUGUUGGUGGAAGCUGGCGCUGAUCCUAUGCAUGAAAACAGCAAGGGACUGACAUUCCUCUAUGCAAGUGAUGGCUUUCCCAAGCUUGAAGUUUGGGAGAUGAAAGAAGUUUUUGAAUGUAUCAGGCAGGGGCAAUUGGACGAAAGUAAGGCCAUCAGGACCUUACUUGGCCAAGCUGCUUUCCACGACGAUAUAGCCCGUGUCAAUUUCCUCCUAUACGUCGGCGCUGAUCCCAACAAGAGGUAUAAAGGGGGCGGAACACCCAUCUACGACGUGGCCAGGUACGGGGCCACGAGUGUAAUGAACCGUCUUGCCCACCUCCUUCUAGAGGCCGGCGCCGAUGUCACGAUACCGGGUGAAGACGAGCUAAGCCCUGUAGAGCUGGCGAUUAAAAUGAAAAGGUACAGCUUCGCAGAACUUCUGCGAUCUAGACCAGAGUAA